CGUAUGCAACGUCAGACGUAAACACGGCUAAAGUUCUUUAGCUUCUGACAGCGAUGGCGUUCACGUUGUAUUCGCUCAUUCAGGCGGCGCUUCUCUGUGUUAACGCUGUAGCUGUUUUACACGAAGAAAGAUUCUUAAGCAAAAUUGGCUGGGGAGUGGAUCAGAGUGUUGGAGGUUUUGGUGACGAACCAGGAAUCAAAGUUCAGCUCAUGAACCUCAUCCGGUCUGUGAGGACGGUCAUGAGAGUGCCUUUGAUAGCAGUGAACUCUGUCUGCAUCGUGCUGUUGCUGUUGUUUGGAUAAAGAAAGACGCCAAGGAUGGAGAACCGUCGCCAUCGCAUCAGGAGCCUCUUGACACCAAGAAUGUCCCAUUCAGCCUCAAAAGUGAUGACAGAUUAUCUUAUUGUUCAAGGCCAGUUAUUUAUUUUUCUACAACACUGUUCUUAUGGGCCACAGAGUACUCUUAUUGGAAUGGCAAUAAAUCGUUGAACUGUUGUUUAGAGGCUACUGGCAAAAUGUUAAUAAA